AUGAAGAGACAACAUCCAAGAUUAGUUAAGAAGUACCAAAAACGCACCUCAUUUGCCCACACACAGCAUGAAGAGUUGGAGACUCUGUUUAUCCACACCAUGUUUCCAGAUUAAAAUCCCCAGGAGGAAUCACCUCCGAAACUCAACUUACCCAUGUCAAUAGUAAAGGUCUGGUUCAGGAACCAACAAUUCAAAUUGAGGAAGCAGCAGCAGCAACUACUAAAGCAACCAAACCAGACCCUUCCAUCCAAGAAUGUGCACAUCUCAACCACAAAGUCAAUCAGUCUUCAUUAUUUUUCUCCUGCAGUUUCAGAUUUCUGUAGCUCCUUUCCACAUCAGCCCUUAGGCCCUUUCAACUGGGCAUGGGACUCUCAUCACUGAGAUAUCCAAAUGUAAAAUCCUUAGUUGGAGAAGCUAGUGGCCUCAGUGUCUGCUUUGUACUCUGAUACCUAUGACAUAGCCUAAAUCAUGAAAGUGUACAGUUUUCCUGAUUAGGGUGAGACAUCCUGCUAUUCUUUUCAUUGUCUAUAGAAGUAUCCCUCACCAACAAGAUCCCAGCUAGAAGAAAAGAGUUCCUCUCUCCACAUCUGUGCUGGUCCAGCUGUAGGUCUAUCUCCUGGACAAAUCAGGUCGAGUAUGACAGGCUGGGGCUUUGCAGUCUAA